AUGGGAUCCGAUGGAGAGAUGAAGCAAUGGGUGACCAACCAGAAGGGACUCGACCAGCUCCGGAUGGAAAGCGCCCCAAUUCCCUCUCAGCUCAAGGCCAACGAAGUGUUGGUCAAGAUCAACAGUGUUUCCCUCAACUAUCGUGAUACAGAAGUGUGCAUGGGAUUGUAUGGGCACCACAAAUCGAUACAACAAAAUGCAUCACUCGUUCCAUGCUCCGACGCAGCUGGCGUGGUGGUCAAGACAGGAGGUGCCGAAGCCGAAGAAAUUUUGGCAGUAGGACAACGAGUGUUGUCCAUCUUUACACAGUCCCAUCUCAAGGGCCAGAUCCUGGAGCGAGACAUGGCCACACAAAUGGGCCUGCCACUGCCUGGUGUCCUGACACAAUACCGUGUCUUCCCUGCGUCGGCUCUCGUGCGCAUACCAGACUCUCUGACUGAUCACGAGGCAUCAACUCUACCCAUCGCAGCCGUUACCGCCUGGACAAGCAUCAACUGGAUGCGUCCGAUCGGGCAGCACCUCCAAGGAAAGGAAAAUGUUGUGGUAUUUCAAGGGACAGGCGGCGUGUCCAUUAUGGGUCUUCAAAUAGCCAAGGCAUGCAAUCUGACAGCUAUCGUCACUUCAUCUUCGGAUGAGAAACUAGAAAAGGCUCGUCAGCUCGGGGCAGACCAUCUCAUCAACUACAAAAAGCAGCCAGACUGGCACACCGAAGUGCUCAGACUGACUGAGGAACGGGGAGCAGAUAUCAUUCUCGAGUGUGGUGGGUCUGGGACUUUGAACAAGAGCUUCGAGUGCAUUGCCUUUGGCGGACUGAUUAGUUGCAUUGGCUAUCUGUCGGGCAAGGAGGACGCCCCGGGUAGCCGCAUGAACACCAAUGUUCUGGCUCUGAAAAGAAACGUGACGCUCAAAGGGAUCCUCAACGGGGGCAAGGACCGCUUCGAGGAGAUGCUGGCCGCAGUGUACCAGAAGAAUGAUGUUCAUCCGGUUGUGGAUGAAGUGUUUGAAUUCGACCAGGCCGAUAAAGCCAUCCAGUACCUCUUCAGCGGGCAACAUUUCGGAAAGGUGGUUGUUCGAGUGUGUUGAUGGUGAAGUUGGAUUUCAUCCUCUUGCACGAGUAUUCUAGGCACUAGCCCAUCCCAGGCUUCAUCGAAAACAAGGAGCGAUCGAAGAACAGGACGAACCUGAUCGAUGAAAAGAAUCAUGACGAUGAUGUUACUUGGUUCAGACACUGGGAAAAGGAACAUGGACGAGAUCGUCAACAUGGCGAUCGAACAAUGGAUUUGAAUAAUCCUUGAGAUAGAUUGAGAUAGACUUGAUGGACUUGAUAUCCAUGAU